AUGAAUGAAAACACUCUGACAAACGAUGGAUCGGGUCAUAUAACCGUGCUGAAUUCUGAGCGCCUUAACUCUGCCACUGGACAUCUGAAAGUUAUUCAUGGAUAUGCCACUCCCAGUGGCACCCCUGGGAAACUUACAGUUCAUUUGGAGACUGUCAUAUUCGACGCCCCUUAUUGGGAAAUCAAGCUUGGACCAGCUACAUAUGGUAGUGAAAAUAAAUAUCAAUACACUGUAGUCAGCGACAAUGUCAAGGCCACACUUCUUGUGCUCGCCCGUGACCCGGAAAUGUUUGAAAGGGACUAUGAGGCCGAGGUCUUACAAUUUUUAAAAGAAAAGGGUUUUACAACUAUAGUUAACAGGCCAGUGAAAACUUAUCAUGAAAGUGAAUGUACAUAUAAUGAUCAACAUGAAUAGACAUUAAAAUGCUAUAUAAAAACGUAUGAUAAAAGUUAUUGUAAAUAAAAUGAUUAACACAAUAAGAUAAGUCAUAUGUAUAUACGCAUGUACAUAAGAAAAAUUAAGAAUAAGAAGUAUACAUUUUACUCAUUCAAUGUAUACUUAUUGCAUAUGUACAUCAUAUCUUUUCCAAGAAAUAUUGGAUACUGUGAUUGAGUGUUAUUUUGUGAGUACGAUUGUACGGUUAUUACCAUUAUUGAUAACAAAACGAUACCAUGGCUGUAAAUCUUCAUACCAAUUUUGAAUAUAUUUAAAAUCAACUACGAUAAAAUUGAAUUUUUGUAUACCAAAGAAUUAUAUUUUAUGUAUGAGAAGAAGUAACUUGUUUCUUGCAUCAUUUAAUAAAUAACAGUGUAAAAAGAUAUCACCAGUCUCGUUAAAGUCAUCAUUUCGUAUGAUCUACGGUCGAUGCAAUGAACUGGUCAGCUAAUACAAUUUAAAAUUUAACCAAAUGCUGAUUGACGUUUUUCAUAACCAUUGUUAGGCAAUUAUAUACAUAUUGUAUUGUCGACGAAUUUUUCUGUUAUUUCCUGACCAUGAAAAGAAGCACACGGCGGUCUUGUCCAGUCGGUAGGGGAUGCUUACUCCUCCAUAUCUGAUACC